GCCGCGAAGGAGGAAGCUGAGAGGGCAGUGAGGGAGAUGAAGGAAAAGGCCGAAAAGGCACAGCGAGAAAAAGAAGCUGCCGAAAAGAAGGCCAAGCAGGCGAAGAAAGAUGCCGAGAAGAGCACGCCCAAGUUGCUUAUCACAUUCAAGUCUCCGGAUGGCAGGGACAACAAGACAGUCACCUUUACCAGGCGGCCACUUGGGGUGUCCUGCAGCAUGGACUCGAUGCCAAUCGUGGUGGGCGAGAAACCUGUCGGCGAGGCCGCGGAAGCUGGGAUCGCGGAGGGCUGGAUACUCUGCCAGGUGGGCGCGGACCCAUCGAACAUGCGGAACUUCCCGCAGUCGGCCAACGAACCCUACGCAGAGAUUCAGGAGACCUUCCGAUACUUGGGUCAGUGUACCAAGGCCCUGCCGCAGGCAGCCUGA